UCUACAUACAUAUAUACAUAUACAUCUCUAUAUAUGAUAAACAUUACAUGUAUUUGCUCUAAUUGAGCUUGCAUAGCUAAAAUUUCACCAUGAAAAAACUAUUCUUCAUUUUCCUCCUAACUUCACUAACUUAUUACAUAACAUUCACACAAUCAGCAGAGCUAGACAAGGCAGAAGUAAAGAUAUUGAAGGAAAUAGGGGAAAAAUUAGGGUUAGCAGGGAAGAAAGAAUGGGAUUUGGAAAAGAAUCCGUGUACAGGUGAAGGAUUAUGGGGCCGUGGUGAGUAUAAAAAAGGAUAUAAUGUUUCCAUCGAUUGCGAUUGCAGUUUUCAAGGAAAUGCCACUUGUCGUGUCGUUCAUAUAUACAUCAAAUCGCAGAACAUCUCGUCUGAUCUUCCAUCAGAGUUCUCCAAGCUUCGAUACCUAAAAGUUUUGGAUCUCAGUCGUAACUACCUCGAUGGAACUGUACCUUCCCAAUGGGCCACUAUGCGUUUGACGAACCUCUCUCUCAUGGGAAACAGAUUAUCUGGUCAGUUUCCAAGAGCUCUCACCAGAAUGACCACCCUCAUAGAUUUGAGCAUAGAAGGAAACCGUUUUUCAGGAUUGAUACCCCAAGACAUCGGAAACAUGAAAAGUUUACAGAAGCUUGUUAUAGCUUCAAAUACCUUUACUGGACCGCUUCCUGUUGCACUUGCAAAACUUACUAACUUGACUGAUUUGAGGAUAAGCGACAAUAAUUUCACUGGAAAGAUACCAAACUUCAUUAGCCAAUGGACACAGAUAGGGAAAUUGCAUAUACAAGGUUGUUCUCUUGAAGGACCGAUCCCCUCUAACAUCUCUGUGUUAACAAAACUAAAUGAUCUGAGAAUCAGUGACUUGAAAGGUACUGGUUCUAGUUUUCCGCCACUGCAGAAGAUGGAAGAGUUGAAUAAAUUGUUACUAAGGAAUUGUAUGAUUCAUGGGAAAAUUCCUGGAUAUGUGGGGAAUAUGCGAAAUCUGAAAACUCUAGACCUCAGCUUCAACAACUUGACUGGUGAGAUACCAUCAUCUUUUUCCCAACUAGGAAAAACGGAUUACAUUUAUUUGACAGAGAAUAAUCUUACUGGACCUGUGCCUGGAUGGGUCCUCUCUAGCACCAAGACAGUGGAUGUUUCUUAUAACGAUUUUACUUUGGGUACUUCUGGUUCAAGUGGAUGUCAACGUGAGUCAAUGAUAAUCAAUAAUCCUUCAUGUCUAACAGGAGAUUUCCCAUGUACCAAUCCACCUAAAGAACAAAUCUCUUCUCUGCACAUCAACUGUGGGGGCAAAGAAGUAGUUAUAAAUGGAACAGAAUACAAAGCUGAUGAAGAAGCAAAAGGUGCCUCAAAUCUUAGAGCAGAGAGGAAUUGGGCUUUUAGCAGCUUAGGGAAUUUCUUAGAUGACGACCGUCCUUCUGAUGAUUAUAUUCUUUCCAACACGUCUAGUCUUCAUAGUGUAUCCGACACAAAACUAUAUACAACAGCACGCACAUCUGCUAUUUCUCUUACUUAUUAUGGGCUGUGUCUCAUGAACGGGAACUACACUGUUAGCCUCCACUUUGUAGAGAUUGUUUUCACCCAAGACAAGUCAUUUAACAGCCUCGGAAAGCGUGUAUUCGAUGUUUAUGUACAGGGGGAGUUGAAAUUAAAGGAUUUUGAUAUUGUUAAAGAGGCUGGAGGUGCUGGUAGGCCAGUUAUAAAGAGUUACAUGGUUAAUGUGACAAAUAACACACUAAAGAUUCAACUUUAUUGGGCUGGUAAAGGCACUACUGGAAUUCCUGUUAGAGGAAGUUAUGGUCCCCUCAUAUCAGCUAUAUCAGUUGAUCCGAACUUUACCCCCCCAAUGUAUGGAAAAAAGAUUGACGUUAACUUAAUAGUUGGGACUGUUGGUGGGGGGCUGCUUUUUGUGUUUCUGAUCGUUAUUGUCUUGUGGAGAAAAGGCUACCUUAUGGGUAAAAAAGCAACUGAUAAAGAACUUCGAGGUCUAGAUCUGCAAACAGGAAUAUUCACUCUAAGACAGAUCAAAGCUGCGACAAAGAACUUUGAUCUCUCAAACAAGCUUGGAGAAGGUGGUUUUGGUGCUGUGUACAAGGGUCUAUUGUCGGACGGGACAAUUAUAGCAGUGAAGCAACUAUCGUCAAAGUCUAAACAAGGAUCUCGUGAAUUUGUCAAUGAAAUUGGCAUGAUUUCAGCAUUACAACACCCAAAUCUCGUAAAACUCUAUGGGUGUUGUGUUGAGGGGAAUCAGUUGUCUUUGAUCUACGAGUACAUGGAAAAUAACUGCCUAUCUCGAGCUCUUUUUGGGCGGGACAAAUUAUCCAAAACAAAGCUAACAUGGCCUGUAAGGGUAGAAAUAUGCCUAGGGAUAGCUCGAGGUUUGGUUUAUCUUCAUGAAGAGUCGCAACUGAAGAUAGUACAUCGAGACAUCAAGACUAGCAAUGUGUUGCUUGAUAAAAAUCUCAGUGCCAAGAUUUCGGAUUUUGGUUUGGCAAAGCUCAAUGAUGAUGGAAACACCCACAUCAGUACUCGUAUUGCUGGAACCAUAGGUUACAUGGCUCCAGAGUAUGCCAUGCGUGGCUACUUGACUGCUAAAGCAGAUGUUUAUAGUUUCGGAGUUGUGGCCCUAGAAAUUGUUAGUGGCAAAAGCAACACCAACUACAGGCCCAAAGAAGACUUCGUUUACCUUCUUGAUUGGGCAUAUGUUUUGCAAGAGAGGGGAAGUCUAUUAGAACUGGUUGAUCCAGAUCUGGGGUCUGAGUAUUCAUCAGAGGAAGCAAUGACAAUUCUGAAUGUGGCCCUUCUAUGCACAAACGCAUCACCAACCCUGAGACCAACAAUGUCUCAAGCCAUGAACAUGCUAGAGGGUCGAACCAAUGUUCAAGAUAUGCUAUCAGACCCUGGGUUUUCGACUAUUAAUCCAAAAUUCAAGACCAUGAGAAAUCACUUUUGGCAGAACCCUAGUGAAACCUUUGUCAUGAGCGAUGACCCGUCCACAGAGUCCUUGCUUAUCUCAAACAUAGAUAGUUAAACAACCAAUGUGAAAUAUGUAUUUGAUUGUGUACAUAAAUUAUAGAAAAGAAUAAACUCAUAUAGUAACAAGCUAUAGAUAGUGUUAUUAUGUAUCAAAAGAGCCAAAACUCAUCAAAAGAUAGAGUUUAGCCGUUUUGUUAUAGUCAAAACUUAAUCGUAACUAGAAAUGGCAAGACGUGCAUCAAUGCAUGUGUCAGGUAGGUUGAGUAAUAGGUCAAUUUCGUAACUUUAUAGCAUUAGCUGAAGCAGGUGGGCUAGACCGGGUGCACACGAACACUUUUGUUUAUCUUUCUUUUCAUGUACUUUGUCCAUGUAGGAGUAGUGGUAGGAUUCUUUGUAUUUGAUAUGUAAUAGGGAAAAAUAACUUAUAUAAACUCAAUCUUUUAUCUUUUUGUCA